AUGGAUUCACAGACAACUAUAGCUACUCAACCAGGCACAGCAUCGCCGGAAACCAUCACCAUCACCACAAUGCCGUCAAGGUCAUCGUCAACGUCAACCCUAUCAGAUGUGCCCAUGCUCAGCAGGUCACCCACACCCCCAAGCGAAGUCCACGUCGGUCUGAACGCGGCGAUCGAGGAAGGAGCGGUAGAAAGUAAAGGAGACGAGGUGGAGAGCAAGGAAAACGAGAUGGAGUACGAGAAGGGAAAAGAGCUGGAACUGUGGUGGGCCAGCACGAAAGCCACGGACGGGCCGGAGCACUGGGCUCUCUUCGUCCGGCGUCGAGGUACGAACAGCUGUAUUCACUACGAGAUGGGGAACGGUUACCCGCCAGAUACGUAUGAGCCGUGGCGCCAGGAAAACAUGAGGUUUGAUAGUUGGGGCUACCGGGCGAGAGAGUUCAUUACGUACAUGUCCGAGGAGGAUGAGAAACAGAUGCAAGUUGAAGUGACCUGGGUUUGGAAUGGCCGGUGCCAGAAGUAUGUCGUGGACAUUCUUCAGAGAUUGGAGGAUAUAGACAUGGUCCCAGAGGGGACGGCGGCCAAGUACAGGGCCCGCGUGCAACCCUUUGGGUUGUUUGAGGGUCCAGUUGGGCCAGUUAGGCCUGCGACGUUCAGGGCUUGGGAAAAGAUGUUUGGGAAAGAGGAAGCGAAAUUGAAGCUGAAGCAAUACCAGGGGUGGAUCUUGUAA